UACUAAGGACCGGGAAUUUAUUUCUCAGAUUGGUAAUCUUGAAAACGCUGUUUUACACUGUUACCGCAUGAGGUCUCCAAAAUCGGUUCGGAGUUCACUCAUUGUCAGUUCACUGCUGUUUGCUCGUCACUCCCGUCAGUGUCCUGUUGAUCUUUAAUCGUUUAUCUCCUGUUGAUCAAUAUACGAAUUUUUACCGCAUAAAUAUGUUACGUAUACUUAACGCUGCAAAUCCUAAAUGUGCCGUCGGCUGUCACUUUCAUCUUCCGUGUGCGCGCGCUUCGACUGAAAGUGACAAUGGAUUUUCAAAGAGGCUAGUAAAUGGUCCACAAUUUGAAGAUUUCCUCAAAGACAAUGUUAAAGAGUACGAUGGCAAACUAAAAUUAGAUGUAGGUGAGUCAGGACGUCUGAGGUUGCCACCCUGGCUAAAAAAGGAGAUACCUAUGGGUGAAAGUUACAGUAAAAUAAAGGCACAACUCAGGCAAUUGCGUCUGAGCACAGUCUGCGAAGAAGCUAGAUGUCCUAAUAUCGGAGAGUGCUGGGGUGGAGGUAGUCACGGUACAGCAACAGCUACUAUUAUGUUAAUGGGAGACACCUGUACUCGCGGCUGCCGUUUCUGUUCCGUCAAAACUGCACGUAAGCCACCGUCGUUGGACCCAGAGGAGCCAAUCAAUACCGCCAACGCAAUAGCGGACUGGGGUUUGGAUUAUGUCGUUUUAACAUCCGUAGAUCGCGAUGAUCUAACGGAUGGUGGUGCUAGUCAUAUUGCAUCUACUGUUAAGGAAAUAAAAAAGAGGAGCAAUAUCCUAGUGGAAUGCCUGGUGCCAGACUUCAGAGGCGAUGACGAUUGUGUCGCUACGAUUGUGAAUUCUAAUCUGGAUGUGUUUGCACAUAACAUUGAAACCGUCGAACGUUUAACUCCUUUCGUUCGCGAUAUGCGCGCUCGAUAUAGGCAGUCAAUGGCUGUAUUGAGAGCAGCUAAGAAAUUCAACCCCAAUUUAAUCACGAAAUCGUCGAUUAUGCUGGGACUGGGCGAGACCGAUGAGGAAAUCGAGCAGACUAUGCGGGAUCUAAGAGACGCUGGUGUGGAUGCUGUAACAUUGGGACAGUACAUGCAACCCACCAAAAGGCACUUAAAAGUCAUAGAAUAUGUAACACCCCAAAAAUUUAAAGCAUGGGAAAAUGUGGGGAAUGAACUAGGCUUUCUGUACACUGCUAGCGGUCCAUUAGUUCGGUCAUCAUAUAAAGCUGGGGAAUACUUCUUGACAAAUAUACUAAAACAACGGAAGAAACAACAGAUUGACGAUCAUACUAUGUCGUAAAUAGAAGAUACAGCAAUGUAAAUGGAUAUUCAGUUAAGAUACAAUAGGAAAUCAAUAUAAGUAAUAAAGUUACAGACGUUGCGAGAAGAAAGUCACAAUUUAGUAAUAGAAUUACCUGAACAUGUUACUAUUAAUGGACUAAUAAUAAAUGUUCUAUAAAUUACA